AUGGCGAGCUCAACAACUCACGAAGCAGUUGGAGGGCAAGUAUUCAAAGAUGCCACUGUCGAUGAAGUGGUAGUUACGCAGCCUCGUGACACGCAGCAGGAAUAUGAGCGGUUGUUUGGCGUCGACGAAGACGCCUAUGACCAACCUACUACUACUCGAAAAGAGCUCUGGUCUUAUUAUCUCUAUUAUAACGGUGAUAAUGGCGUCGGUCCAGGCUCCUACAGCCAAGCCUUAUUUCAGUGGGCCUUGACAAACGCGGGAUUCAUACCAGACACCAACCCGCCUCAGCCCUGCACCGAUUCAUCUGCCUGCGUGGUGCCCUGGGCGGGUGGCACGCGAUCUACAUCCUCGGUGAUCCUGAUUGCUAAUGGUCUCUGUUUUGCUUUCAUGACAGUUAUAUUUGUCUGGCUAGGAAGUGCUGCAGAUUACGGCUCUUUCGGACGAUGGCUUCUUCUAGUUCUGACAGUCGUCGCCUGGGCACUACAGUACGGCAUGCUUGCUAUCCGACAGCCUAGUCAAUGGCCCGCUGCCAUGGGCAUGUACGUUGUUGCAUAUAUCGCCUAUGGCGCAACCUUGGUCUUUUAUGCUGCUGUUUUUCCCCGACUCGCGCGGUACAUGCCCCAUGUCCGAAAGGCUCGAGAUGAGCUUGGAGAAGGCAAGAUUGAUCAGCAGGAAUACGAUGCGAUCGAGUCUUUGGAAAGGAAUCAUAUUAGCAAUAUCUCGACUGCGCAUAGCAACAUUGGCUAUUUGCUCACAUUGGUGCUGAACUUGAGCGUUUUACUCCCGAUGCAGAAUAAUCAGUACGCGAAUAACUUGGCACUUUGUCUGACCAAUUCAUAUUGGGUGAUUCUCGGGAUAUGGUGGUUUUUGUUUCAGCAGAAGCGACCCGGUCCUAAAGUCCCCAAGGGCUCAAACUACGCUACCAUUGGGUUCAAACAAAUCUGGCUCGCAAUGAGAGAGAUCAGGGCUCUCCCUCAGACCUUUCUGUACUUUGUGGCGUAUUUCUUGCUGGCAGACGGGCUCAAUACGACCGGAACUUUGGUCUCGAUCAUCCAGAACGACUACGUCUCGUUUUCCUUCUUGCAAAUCACAUACCUCGGUAUUACUCAGGCUGUUUGUUCUAUUACUUCAACAUUUGGAUUCUGGUAUAUACAGCGAUACUUCAAGCUUAAAACCAAGACCAUGUUCAUGAUCACCAAUUUCUUCAGUGUCUUUAUUCCAUUCUGGGGAAUGCUGGGGCUGUGGACCAGCCGAAUCGGGUACCAUCAUAGGUGGGAGUUUUACUUCUACAAUGUCAUAUUCGGACUGUUUCAAGCGCCGUAUUAUGCUUAUGCUCAAACAAUGAUCAGCGAGCUCAUGCCUCGUGGUUAUGAUAAUAUGUUUUUCGCGUUGUUCGGAAUCACCAAUCGAGCAUCUUCAAUCAUUGGUCCGAAUGUUAUUCAAGCCAUCAUCAACGAUACCCGCAACAAUUGGAUGGGCUUCCCUUUCCUGUUUGCUGUCUGUACGGGUGCCAUGAUUGCAAUCGGGUUCGUGGAUAUUGAAAAGGGUCGUGAGGACUGUCGGAAGUUUACCGAACAACGGAAGGUAGAUCGCGUCGUUGCGGAAGCUGGAUUGAAUCCGGAUGAUCUUGCGAAUGGAAAGGGAGUAGCGAGUGGGAAUCAUGAAGCUGCAGCGUCUCGAUAG